AUGAUGCAAAAGAUAAAGUGGCAGAGCCUGCGAAGCCAGGACCCCGAUUCCGGGUACAGUUCAGGGGUUGACAGGGGGAGUAGGUUUUGGUUCAGCCUCAGCAGACAGGGAAAGACUCCGACUCGAAAUCCGGCAGGAGUGGGCCAAUGGAUGGAGACUGUGUUAGAACCGACGGAUACAUAUCAGCUCCAGAAGCGGGGGUUCAAGCAGGGGAUCCUGACGAGGGGGACAACAGGGGAGGACAUGACCUGGGAGGAUGUCUUAAAUGAUAUAAUCAAGUGGUGUUUGAAGGAUGCUGAGGACAAGAAGAACGACAGUUCAGAAGAUGGACUGUUAGGUUGUGCGGAGCGAAGACUAUGGAGGGGGCUUAUGGGGGACUGGGAAGUAAGGCAGUGCAACAAUCAUGCAACUUGUCAGAAGAUGUUAUUUUUGAUUGGUUGCAUAGUCUACAAGCUCUGGGAGGGGGAUGAGAGACUAAUAAAGACAAGGUACCAACCAUGGUCAAGGUGUGAGGAGGUGCUGAAGAGAUUGCUGGAGGAGAAGGGCACGAUAGGAUUAGAUAAAAGGGAACAUUGGAAGGUACAGCAACAGGAUAAGCUCGCAUGUGCCGCAUCAAACAGCUUCAAAAACUGUAAAAUGGAGACUUUAAGUCUGAUAGUAAGUGUAGGGAAGGCGAUCAAGUCAUUAUGCCCAUCCUGUCCAUUACACGGAUUGACAGAAAUCUUUGGGGAUAUCAUGCAGGUGGGUCCAGGGCAGAAGAUUAGGUGUCCGAAGAGAAGCCAAGGGUAUGAAUUCUGUGUCGUGGAUGAGAAGGAAGAGUCAGAGGGAUUGGAACUGUUCAGAAACCAGACUUCCCAAAAAGCCGGAGUAUCUGCCCAACUCCUGAAGGAUGUACACGACUCCCCACCUCAGCAAGUAACAAGCACUUAUAUAGAGGGAAAGCAGGAGACAACCAAAAAUCAGAACACGGAACAAGACGCCGAGGAGGUCAGAGAAGGGGAGCCGGACGCAGGAUUAGGCUCAAGAGGUGAAGGAAAGGGGAAGAUAGAGCAUCCCAAAAACCAAGAGCAGGAGUCCCUAAACACCCAAGAGCCAGUCCAGACAGACUCCGUCCCCGGCGGGUCGGGGGAGGGAGAUGAAGUAGGAGGAGGACUUUCCAUGUCGACGGUCGGACUACCCAGUGAAGAUAGGAAGACCAAGAACCUAGUAGUCGGCCCCGAGGGUACAAACCUGGGGACAAAGCUCCUAGGGGACUCCCGAACCGAAGCCUCAGAGAAAGAGCGGAUAGAAACUCCGGGAACGGGGAGUCAGGAGGAGCAAGGAAUAGGCGCCACCGUGGGUAUAGCAGUAGGAGUGGGACUAAUGUUGAUUAGUUCAGCAUAUGGUCUCUUCCGGAUCUUUGCAAGAAGAGGAAAUACAGGAAGCAUAAAAGGCAGGGGGAGAGGUAGGAGGGGCAUAGGCUAUAGAUUAAGCCACGACUGA